AAGACCUUUUUUAUCAAUAUGAUUUCACAAAACGAAAUUCCUACAUUUCGUUACAAUACGGAAAAUUUUCAUUUUAUCGUCAAAUCGAACGUGGAAAAUGAUUCCGCGUUUGACAGCAUUCUGCAACGAGCGUGGAAGCAGGCCGAAAAAGUCGGAGCAUUCCGCUACAACUUGAAUAUAAGGAGCAGCAAAACAUUGAGAGGAAGAUAUAGAUUUUUAGCACAAUUCAAUCCAGAAAGAGGACAUUGCAGACGUGCGCCAGAAUCGAUCACAUUUAUGCGACAACCAUUUGAUCCCGCACGUUUCAAUUUCACCAAAUUAUCUCAAAAGGAGAUAUUAUUUGACGUGGGCAAUGGCGACUUGAACGACGUAGUUGCGAUUAAUUCCAGUCCUUUGGAAUCAGGACACUGUUUGCUUCUUUCAGAACGCUUGAAAUGUUUGCCGCAAGUCAUGACAGAAUACAGUCUUCUCAAAGCAGUAGAACUGUGUCUCUUGAGUUCUUCAUGGUCUUUGAGGAUUGUCUUCAAUAGUUUGUGCGCUUUUGCAUCUGUUAAUCAUUUGCACUGGCACUUGUACUAUUUGAGAUACGAAAUGCUUCUAGAAUAUAUUAAUAUUUGUGAUUAUAUAAAAGGCGUACACUUAUUGGUGGAUUAUCCGGCAAAAGGAUUUUGUCUCAAGUUGUCUGAUUUUAAAGAUAUCACAGACUUUGUAUCUCGAGCAAUCUGUUUAGUCAAUUAUUUACAAUCACGUGAAAUACCACACAAUACAUGCAUUACACGCGCCAAAUCGAAGCCUGGUGACGAAUUGUACGACGACGUACGUAUUUACAUCUGGGCUAGAAAACCAUCUGGUUCCAAAAAUACAAUUUCAUAUUAUCCUGCAGUAUGUGAAUUUCUUGGACAUUUGUCGAUCAGAGAUGAAGAUCCGUACAAUAAUUUGACCGAAGACGGCGUUGUUAACGAUCUUAAUGAGGCUACGGAAGAAUAUUUUUUAUUAAUGAAAAACGAGCUCAAAUCUGUUUUGAACCAACCAUAAAGAAAAACUACAUUAUUAGUUAUUUUGCACAGAUGAAAUAUAUAUAUGUAAUACAGUAUAUCAAAGGGAAAAUAGCGAUUCUUUGUAGGUAAGAAACGUAACAAGUAACUACACCUCAAGUAUAAUUACAAAUUCUUUUUGCUCCUGUGAUUAGACAACAUUGUACAUUUUGCUUGGUUUGUUUGUUUAUUUUUGCACGUAUUAAAUCGCGUGGAAAGACAAUAUCGGGCCAUUUGAUUCGCGAGCUUGAAUAUUUCGUCAUUUCCACAUUCACAAAUUUGUUGUUUGUCAAAUCAAGCAAUAUUGACAGUACACAGCAGAAGACAAUAAUUUAUUUACUCGUUUUAAACGAUAUUUUAUAUAAGUAUAUGAUAAUUACAUUUAUAACAAAAACCAUUA